AGAACCUUCAAGACUUUCUCUUUCAAGGGAGUUGACCUUGCUGACCUCCUUGAGCUGUCCACCGAGGACUUCGCCAAAUUGUGCCAUGCCAGAGUUAGAAGAAGAUUUUCCAGAGGUCUCGGUUCCAAGCCAAUGGGUUUGAUCAAGAAGUUGAGAGCUGCUAAGCUUGCUGCUGGUCCAAACGAGAAGCCAGCUGUUGUCAAGACUCACCUCAGAAAUAUGAUCGUCAUGCCAGAAAUGAUCGGCUCUCUUAUUGGAAUCUACAACGGUAAGGUGUUCAACACCAUCGAAGUCAAGCCAGAGAUGGUUGGCCACUACCUUGGAGAGUUCUCCAUCACCUACAACCCUGUCCAGCACGGAAAAGCAUCCUCU